GCGGUAAACCACACCAAACGUCCAAACUGAAGUGUCAACAACAGUCUGCAUGAUAAAAACGGGGCUUACUAUAGAAACCGCUUCCACCAACCCUCAUAAAGAUGUCUAAUUUUGACGAACUUCUGCAACACGCUGGUGACUUCGGGUUGUAUCAGAAGAGAAUCUCUCUCCUAGGGUCUUUGCCUAUUUUGCUACUCGCAUUUCUGCUAAUAGGAGUUGUAUUCUUGGGAUACACACCAGACCACUCUGAAUGUUGUCCUCAUGUAUCCCAGUUUUCAUUGUUUUGUGAAGACUCUUGGCUUGCAGACCUGAACCAGGUAUGCUUAGCUGGAGGGUUUUUUAUAGGUGCCCUAGUGACUGGAUACCUAGCUGACAGGUUUGGGAGAAAAUCUUGUUUUAUUGCGUCAAUAUUUGGCCUUGCAGCUUCUGGGAUAUGCAUUAUUUUUUCACCAUAUUACCCCCUCCUCCUGUUCUUUCGAUGUUUGCAUGGCUUUUUCGCCAAAGGAGCAUGGACCUCCACAUAUGUAUUGGUUAUCGAGUUCUUUGGAUCAAACAACAGGAAAUUUGUCUCCGUUAUGUCCCGUACUCUGUACUUGUUGGGUUUGGUGCUCCUUCCUGCUCUGGCGUAUUACAUUCCUUCAUGGAAAAACCUACAGCUGGCAAUGACUCUACCAACAUUCAUCUUUCUGGUCUAUCACUGGGUUAUUCCAGAGUCUCCCAGAUGGUUACUGUCACAAAGGAAGACAAAAGAAGCUGUAAAAAUUGUUGAGAGCAUCGCCAAGUGCAAUAAAAGAUUACUUCCUGAAGACUUUCAAGAGAUGGAUCUUCUGAUAGAAAAACAAGAGGAAAUUGUUCGCCCUUCAUAUAAAUUUUUAUUUAAGACUCCUAAAAUGAGGAAACACACCCUCAUCUUGAUAUAUGCAUGGUGA